AUUUAUGUAUACGUACAAACAUAGAUACACACACUAGCGUAUACAUGCAUGUCUGUCUCUCUAAAAUGCUACUUCUGACCUUUUACUAUCCUAAACUUUGGUGGGGGUGGGGGAGACAGAAUCAACAUUCUAAUUUCGUGUCGAAUUUCCGGAAGGAAAAUCUACUCGCGUCAGUGAAAACAACAACAGCAACAACAAGAACCAGAUCAAACUGUAAAGCUACAUGUUUUGCCUUCAGCUCCCCCCGUCCCCUCAAAAAAUCCUUUAAAAAUAAUCGAGAGAUGGACCCACCCCUUUUCUCAAUGAAAUAUUACAGUGAUGGAGAGGGAGAGGGAGAAUCGGUACCGGAUGGAAGCUUUUGUCAUUUUUCAAAGAGGGAAGUUACUCCAUUUUCUGUGCAAAAGGACUCGGCAAAGGAAAAGCUCUCAGAAGUCGCAAUGGACGGCUAUCAGGUUGGGACAAUAUUUGUCAGCUUACACAUAAAAGCAAACGCAAUCCUGUCCCCCUCCCUUCUCCUCUCCUCCUCCUCUUCCUCCUCCUCCCUUAACCCACAGAACGAUGGGCGUCAAAAGGUACUUCAGAAUGUAUUAUAUCAAAGGGAGGGGGAUUGUACGUACUCCAAGCAAAUUCCUAUACCUGUUCUAAAGACUUGGAUGGGGAAAAACAGGAUAUUUUAAAAUAUUCCAUGGCUGGCAUGCUCUUUUUACUAUGAUUACCAGUACUGUGUUCAUGUGUGCAUUUUAAAAACAACUGGCUAUUAUUUGAAAUAUGAAUGUAGCAUACACCAUCAAUCAAUCUACCGAUAAAUUUCGUAUGGAGCACUUACCGAAUGUUUUGUAAAAUAAAA